AUGUCCACCGUUCCUACAGGCACAUACGUUAUCAUGAAUGCCGCGACACACACCUACCUGAACGUGUUAAAUUUCCAGCCUGUUCCGGGUGACAUCGUCAAUAGUGUUGGAAAUUAUUUGGGAAAUGAUAUGUGGAACGUGUUGAGAACUGAGUCGUGUGGGGUGAAUAUACAAUCCUUCGGGACUGGCGCAUUCCUCGCCUUCGACCAGUCAAACAAAACCGACACUCCCGCUGGCAGUGUUGUUACCAGCAACUCGAUUUAUCCGUGGAGUCUGCAACCAAACAAUGCAGUCCCGUAUACCUGGUAUAUCGUGAACCAUCACUCUGGAAAAGUGCUUGUUGUACAGAACAACUCUGCCGCGAACGGGGCACAAGUUCUCGAAGCGGAGUUGACAAAUAACAGAAGCCAAGCCUGGUUCUUCAUCCCAAAGGAACCCCUAGCCGGGACUAACUAG